AUGAAUUGUCAUCACUGUCAGUCAGAUGAACUCAUUUUAUCACUACGACAAGAGCUCAGUACAAAAAACCAUCAGCUACAGCGCAUGGAAUUGGAUCUACAGACCUUGAAUCAGAAAUAUGUAGCCGAGAUCGAACGAGUAGGCAAUGUACAGCAUGAAAAAGACAUGGUCGAGCACGAAUUGGAGGAGCUUAGUAGAAAGUUGUUUGAAGAAGCCAAUGCCAUGGUUGCCAUUGAAAAGAGAGCACGUUGGCAGGUGGAAAACGAAUUGAGACAGACUCAGGAACAUCUCUUGGCGGAACAAACACAACUACACGAGUUGCGGCUCAAAUUGACAACUGCCGACGAUGAAACCGUAUCCGUAGAGCAUGUCGCAAAAAAGAAAAAGAGCUGUUCCAAUAUGCGUGCACAGAUGGAUUUGCAAGAAUUGCAUGGCUUGAAACGUGCCAGUGCCAAUCAUGCUUUGAAAUACACUCAAGGACAACAACGACACCAUCAGGAACAAAGAACCAUCUCGAUGCCACCAACACCAUCUUCUUCCAAUCAUGCCAUCAAAAAGGAGCCGUCAACCCUGGAUGGCGUUCAAUUGCAACUGUUUCAAGAGUACACCAUUGCAUCCUCCAAGCAGCUCUUGUCACCCAAAAAAUUGAAUCAAACGCCCUUUAUGAAGCACUGUCUGUCCGAGGACAUUGAACCCUGUCUUCGAUUUGGACCUCAAUCCAAGCUAUCCAUCAAAAAAAUGAUUGAUUAUUUGUCUCGACAACCUUGCUUCAUUGAACAUGUCACUGCAUUCAACGUGAAUGCGACACCAUCAGCAGCACCAUCGCCAGUACCAGCACAGCAAAGCAAGCCACUCUGGGGAAGAUUUACGGGUAACAGCCCGUCUACCAGUACCAGCACGAGCAGCGCUAGAAACAACAUUAUUGUAGCCAACGCAUGUUCGGCAUGUGCAAGACCUGCUGACCCUGGCAAUAGUCAAUCCGUUUUGCUCAAUUAUCGGUUCAGGUUGGACGAGAAUGAAAAUUGGUUACCUAUUGAUCAGUAUUGCCGAGAUCGAUUGGUAGCCGUUUGUGAAUUUUUUGUGUUUAUACGAAAUAUACAAAUGGGCCUGUACUCGGAUAGAUCCAUUGAGGAUUUGUAUACAGAAAACAUUCGACUCAGGCUCCAGAUGUUUUAUUCUCGCAUGGGCGCAUUACCUGUCGUCAUGGAUGACUUGGGUCUGGAUCCAGAUCAAAUUGGAAAAGCAACAUUACCUAGCCAUCAUCAAAUACACAACGAGGAGGAAGAGGAGGAUGUUUAUUUGUCCGAUGCGUCCUUAUCAACAGGGCCACAUACUCCUGAGCCCCAUUCGACAUCUCCUAUUGCUAAAGUUUAG